AUGCACGUGUUAUUAACUAAUGAUGAUGGGCCCAUCGAUGACAAUGCCUGUCCUUAUAUGAAAUAUUUCGUUGAUGAGAUCAAGCAAGCCACAGACUGGGAUAUAUCUAUUGUGAUCCCAAAUCAACAGCGUUCCUGGAUCGGGAAGGCACACUUUGCAGGAAAAACUUUGGUGGCAACAUACAUAUACCCCAAGAACUCAACUUCUACCCCAAAUGAUCAGAUCAAUGCAUACGAAGGACCUUUUGAUCACCCUAUAGCAAAGUACAAUGAUGACCCCGAAUACCAGGAAUGGUGUCUCAUCAAUAGUACACCGGCAGCGUGUGCUGAUAUUGGUAUCCACCAUCUCUAUAGACACUCAAAGAACAAGCCCGUGGACUUGGUUAUUAGUGGACCCAAUUUCGGCAAAAACUCAAGCAAUUUGUACAUUUUAGCAAGCGGAACUGUUGGUGCUGCUAUGGAAGCAGUUACCCAUGGCGUAAAAGCGAUUGGAUUGAGUUAUGCAUUCAACAAUUUGGACCAUGACUUUUAUAUAUUGAAAAAAGCAGCACAAAUUUCAGUAAAGUUGAUUGAAAGGCUAUAUGUCCAAUUACAACAGAAUAAGGAUGUGGAUAUUUUCUCCGUUAAUGUGCCGUUGGUCCCCUCCCUUGACCUUGAAAAGACCAGGAUCCAAUAUGCACCAAUUUUUAAAAACACAUGGAAAUCGAUAUAUGCACCCAAGCCAGAGCCCAACGAUAAGGGACAAUUGGAAUUUUACUGGGCACCUGACUUUAAGCAAGUUUACAAAGACGGAUUGGAGGACCACGCUCACACGGACAGCAGAGUGCUUCUUAAUGAAGGAAUCAGCGUAACACCUUUGAAAGCUUGUUUUCAAACCGUGGAUGCAUUAGUUGGCGAAAUAAAUCUCAACGACGAGACAAAUACACCAUUGUCCAACCCAAGAGGUACAAGCACAGGUUUUGAAAAUAACACUUUUUUGAUAACAAUUCCCAAAGACUCAUACUUGUACGAGCCAUUAGUUGAACCGUUUAAACAACUAGGAUAUACGAUAUCAACAGACCCCAAAGUGAUUGAUGAUAUUGGUAAAAAUGGUAAAAAGGAUGAUGACGCUGUAAAUGACGAGAAACAAAGUGAAAGUUUGGACCAGCGAGUGUUUCAUUAUGGUGAGUAUGAAGAUAUCGAUUUGGACAAACUCGACAAUAAAAACUAUUUUAUUCCAUCGUAUAUAUACAGGAAGGCACUUAUUCGAAAGCAUUAUUUAGCAAACACUGUUCAUCAUUAUAUAACAAAACACCCCGAAUCAAUAUUGAAGAAAGCAGUCCCUGAAAACUAUCAAUUGGAGUUGGACUAUGCUGAAUUCUUAGAUGAUUCAUUGGAUGAUUCCUAUGAACUAAGGGAUGCAAUUGAACAGGGGGAUAGUAUGUGGAUUGUUAAACCUAGUAUGAGUGAUAAAGGUCAAGGCAUUGGGAUUUUCAAAACGGUGCAACAACUCCAAAACUAUUUUGACUCUUUUGAUAAUGACGAUGAUGACGAGGAAGAAGAAGAAGAAGAGGAAAAGGUGGAGCAUAGCGAAAUAAAGAAUGAAAAGGAAAGUAAGAAAAAUGGAUUGAUAUUAUCGCACUUGAGACACUUUAUUGUUCAAAAAUACAUUUCCAACCCAUUGCUCUUACCGGAAUAUGGACGUAAAAAGUUUCAUUUAAGAACAUAUGUGGUGGCACAGGGCGAUCUAAAUGUAUUUGUGUACAAACAUAUCCUUGCUUUGUUUGCUGAUCAAGAAUACCCAGAUUCCACAAAUCAAAAAGAUGAAGAGCAAAUAGAGAUGGGAGGUCAUCUUACCAAUACAUGUUUACAAGCUGAGUCAGACAUUUUAGUGGUUCCUUUCUGGAAAUUGAGCGGCUUGAAUCAAACCCAAAAAGAUCAAAUUUACAACCAGGUGUUGGAGAUAACUAAAGAAGUAUACCAAGCUGCUGCUUCAGUCGACAAAUUGAACUUCCAACCAUUGGAAAAUGCAGUUGAAUUUUUUGGAGUAGACUUUUUAGUCGACGACAACUUAGAUGUGUACUUGUUAGAGGUCAAUUCGUACCCUGAUUUCAAACAAACUGGUGAGGAUUUAAAAGAUAUCAUUACAGAGUUAUUUGACGCCACAGUAAAGACUGUGAUUCAUCCUAUGGUGACCAAUACCAAAAUAAACACAACUAGUGAGAGUUUGUGCAAAGUACUUUAG